AUGAGUAUGGACGCUGGCGGUCUUGCUCAAAUGACAUACAACUCUUCCUUCGGCAAUGGCAACACCCUCGGUGUGCCGAGCUCGGGCUUCGCCUCGCGGGGAAAAGGCUCCCACAUCAAGCGCUUGAGUGUGCCUCCCCAGGUAGCCACAAUCGACGAGUCUCAGGCCACCGCUCCCAUCUCCACGCCACGCACUAGUCGCUCGCAUCUCCUGGCGGGACUGCGGACUGCCCCCAGAUCUGCCACGAUACCCUCCCAGCAUCAGCAGCGCAGCGGCAUGGAAGGCUCCCGAUUCCCUGGUCCUGCUAAUCGAGGGACCGAUCGCGCGCCGCAAACUGCGACAGGAACUGGAUUCCCGCAGACCACGUUCGCUACAAAUCGGGGCAGAAGUGCGCAGCAAAACCCACACCACCCCAUGUACACUCUGCCCGAGCAGGUUCUCGCCCCUCCGACGCUUGAUAUGGGCAACGAUAUCCCCAUAGACGAGAACCUGUACGCGGAAUUGAUGUCGACCAAUCUCUUCCUUGCCGCGCAGCAGCAGCGCCUGCAGCAGCAGUUGAUCAGCGUUACUGCCGCCGCUCAGCAAUUCCAGGGUCUCACUCUGGGCAUGGCUCUGCCCCAACAGCAGUCCGCUUCUUCCCUUUCCAUGCCUGGCGUGGGCUUCUACCAGCAGCAGCUCCAGCAGGGUGUGCAGCCUAUUGUGCAGCCAGUUCCCGGACAGCCUGGCCUGUUCUCUGUUUACAAUCCUCUGACUGGUCAGCAAAGCUACGUGAUGGACAACAACCAGGAGGAAGAGGUUGCCUCGCAGUCCUAUCAGGAUACCCAUUCUCCUCCCCAGCAAGUGCCGCGGUUCCGUGCAGAAAUCUCCCCGCCCGCGGACUCUGUUCAAUCGCCGAUGCACUUCCCGCAGCCGAUCUCUCCUCCCAGUGGUACUCCGUCUCCGCCGCAGGAGCCUGCCAAUCCCUUCCGCCGAGGCCACCGACAACACUCGCCAUUCAAUCCCGCUGCAAAGACUGGCAUUGAUACGCAGAAGGCGAACGUGGGACCCGCCCCUCGAUCAGCUGCACUGCCGCCAACGCCGGCCACUGGAACAUUUGGACCCGGCCAAAAUCGCGCCGGUGAGCAUCCGAUCCGCCAGCCCCGUGGGCCGCCUUCGCUCGAGGAUCUUGUGGCCAAGCCGACGUCGAAGCAUGAGGGUAGCAAGAACUUUGCGACUCGUCAACGUCGUCGCGCCGUCCACAACCUCGUCCGUGCGGGAAUUGAGCGCCGGGGUGACACGCGCAGCCUGGGAUACCACAGCAGCGGCGGCACUAACACACCUGCGAGCGAGAAAGAGUUCACUUUCUCAGACGGAGAGGAUGUGACGGUGCGCAGUGGCAGUCUCUCCAGCAAGCCCAGCCUGGGUAGUCUGCGGGCGGCGGCCAACGGUGCCAUCGGAUCCGAGAGGAAGGAAAAAUCCAGCCGCGGGCGCAAGUCUCCCGAGAGUCCCUUCCAGAGUGCGACCCCGACGAGCGAGGACAGCGGCUACUUCGGGUCGAGGUUUGCCGAGAUCUCGUCCUCAUCGGGCACCUCGUCUCCCUCGGUGGCUGCGGUCGUUGCCGGUCAGGGACCGGUGGCUCAAGCGCCCGAACGGCGCAAGACGCCGAUGCUUGUGUUGUCUAGCGCUGAAAAGCGCAAGACCCCGAUCAUGUAA